CAACAAUAGUAUCUACUAUUUUUAAAUAUACAUUUAAUGUAAUUGAUAUGAGACGUGAAGAACCAUGGGAGAAUAAAUCAAUAUAUGUUUUCUAUUUGGAAUUGGUGAUCGAUUUCUUUAAAUUGAUUGUAUAUCUUAUCUUUUUCGCUAUAAUUCUCGUAUCUUAUGGAAUACCUUUACAUAUUAUUCGGGACGUUUAUGUAACGCUUCGAUCAUUUCUUCAAAAGUGUGGAGAUUUAGUAAGAUAUCGUCGUGCUACUAGAAAUAUGAAUGAACGUUAUCCUAAUGCUACUAACGAAGAACUUGAGCGAUUAAGCGAUCGCACUUAUAGGCCUAGACAAGGAAGCAAUAAUAAUUUGGGAGAUGUACCAAAGAAAUUACCUUGUGGACACAUUUUCCAUUUUCAUUGUUUAAGAAGCGUGCCUUUCCCAAAUCAUCCAGGAUUUAUUGCUAAUGCAUUCCCAGCGUUUCCUACUGUUAUGUUGCCACCUCCAGCGAUGCAUGGACAAUUUCAUGGACAAUUGCCUAUGGCUCCUAUUCCUCUAGCAAAUGCACCUAAUGUGGGUGAACAAGCAAAUGGUAUAAAUCAGAAUAUCCCACAACCUCCACACCAAAAUAAUCCACAAGAGACGCAACGGAAUCCACCACAAAAUUCUCAGUCUAAUAUUGGAGAUCGAUCGACAACAGAGACACAUGAAGAAUCUAGUUCAACAUCAUCUAGUACACAAAGUCAAAAUCAAAAUAAUUCAACACGGAGACCUAAUCAGCCAGUUGCAUCUAGGAUACUCUUGGAUCAAUCAUCUUCGUCAAAUUCACGGACAUUUAAUAAUGCACAGCCAUCAAUGCCUUUUCAACCUAUUAAUUUAUCACAAUUGUCUAUGCAAACUUCACCAGGAUUAAUACCACUUUUCCCAGUUCUACCAUUAAGAAAUAAUGGCAUAGGGAAUAAUAAUAAUUCAAAUUCAAAUGCUCCAUCAACAACAUUGGAACCUUUAACGGAAGAACAAAUUCGUUUAUUGGAAACUAAUACUCGUGCAGCAUUUGAGGAGAAAAUAAGAAUACUACAAGACGCACAAGUACAAAUUUAUAAUGUUAUCAGCGUGCUCACACAGGCUGUCAGCGCAUUACCUAGUAUCCCAACAUCGGAUACUGGUUCGAAUAUAAAUGAAAAUUCUCGAAGCGAAGAAGUUAAAGGUGACAAGGGCAAAGGAAAGAGUGUAACAUUGACAGAUGAGGAUGAACUAUUUGAAAAUCGAGAUUAUUUAGGGUAG